CGUAAAUAUUUUUUACAUAAAUUGACAAUUUUUAAUCGUGGCCUACUUUAGUGACUAAGCGUACUUAUAAAUGUACAUACCUCCUACAUAUUCUAGUACAUCUAAUGUUUGAGUGUUUAAAUUGAGUGAACUUCAAAGAAUGGACAAGAAGUGACUUUACACAAAAUCAUAAUGGAUAGCAGCCCCUUCAACCGAAGCGGGCUAACGCGCCGCUCUCCACCACCGACACCAACACCAGCCCAAUCCCCCGCCCGAGAGCCAAUAGAGAAAGUGGAGAUCAUCUCAACGCCUGAAUUGCACAACUGGAUGGGGUACAUCGAACAAAGCCUAAACGAGGUCUGCAUUAUUACUUCCGAAGGCAAGCUUAACUCAGAACAAAAAUUAAGAGUGAGUAACCUCUGCCGAAAAGUGGGAAAUAAUGUAGCUCAUCUAGUCCUUCAGUACCAGUCCCUAAAACAAAAGGCCGUACAAACGCAUCACUCUCUCCAAGCCCUGAACGAAAAACAAGCCCUGACAGAUACACUAGCUGCAGAAAUCAAGAAUGCAAUAAAAGAGUCCUGUACAAAACCAAUUUCUGAAAGCACUUCCUUUGCGGAUAUGGUGAAGAAAGGGUCCAACAGCUUCGUUCGUCCAAUUAAGCAUAGCGCAUUGGCGAUUUAUCCGAGCGAUAACUCAAAGACGAGCGAUGAAACUAGAAACCUGGUCCAGAAAAUCGUGUGCCCUGAAGAAAUGAAGCUGAAAGUCCGAGGAGUCCGUAAAGUCCGAAAUGGCGGCGUGAUUAUCAGCACUGAGACCAAGGAUGACCUCGAAAAACUAAAGCACACUGUCCAGCAUGCAAACUCAGGCCUCACCGUCAACGAACCACAAAAGCGGAAGCCCCGCAUAUUAAUAAUAGGAGUUCCCUCAUCAAUGGCAGAAAGUGAAGUAUACAACUGCAUCUUUGAACAAAACGUAGUCGAUAAAGUCCCAUCCAUGUCCAGAGAAACAUUUUUGUCCUCAAUAAAGCUAAGCCACAAAUCUGGCAGAAGAGAUACAGAUAAUCAUAACUUGAUCUUAGAAGUAUCAGCGGUCAUACGAAAAGCCCUCAUCACCCAAGAUCGAGUCUUUAUAAACUGGACAUCCUGCCAGGUAAGAGACUUCACAUUGAUAACUAGAUGUUACAUCUGUCAGCAGUACGGUCACGCGGCUAAGACAUGCAAAAAUACUGCCCCGGUUUGCGGACACUGUGGUGAAGAGGGACAUUCAAUCAAGGAGUGCACAAAGAAAAAUGAUUCUCCAAGAUGCGCUACGUGCCUACGCUUCAAAAAACCAGGUAAUCAUAAAACCGGAGAUAUCGAUUGCCCGGCUAGAAAAGCUGCCGAAUUUAGAUACAUCAACUCAAUCGACUAUGAAGGCGCCUGAGAGCGUCACAUAAUAUUUAACCACUUUAGAACUUAACUAGUUUAAGUAUUAUUAUAAUAUGGAUAGUUUAAUUAUGGAAAUAGAUAAUAGUUUUUCAACUAUGACCAAAGCAUGCAAUGUUGAGGACUGCAAACAAUAUCUCUCUGACUUUCAAAGCUCAUUAACAGUACUAACCCAAAAUAUUCGUAGUAUAUAUAAGAAUAUAGACAGUUUCAAUACCUUCCUGCAUACCCUUAACCUGACUUGUGAUAUAAUAGUGCUAACCGAAUGCUGGUUAUCAAACAGAAAUGGAAAUCUCCCUUUUAUUCCCGGAUAUCACUCUUUCUAUAGUAAAAAAAGUUAUAACCAAAACGACGGCGUCGUAGUUUACGCCAAGGAAUCGCUACAGAUCACUGUCGAAGAACCAGACCUUGAAGACUGUAACUGCUUAGUUAUAAAAAUAGGAAGUACUACAGCAAUUUUAGCUAUAUAUAGAUCCCCUUCCUUUAAAAACCUGGAUCCCUUCCUUUAUUCUUUAAACCAGACUUGUGAAGCAUUAAUUCCAUUCAAAAACAUUAUACUAACCGGUGAUCUAAAUAUCAACAUAGGCUCUAACAACUGUGAUGUCGGAACACAAAACUACCUUAACCUUUGCUCAUACCUAGGGUUCCUACCUGCUCAUACUCUGCCCACACAUCAGAGUGGCUCUUGCUUAGAUCAUAUGAUGAUUAAAUCUAGUUUACAUUACAUAACACUUGUUACUAAUUCAACGAUUACCGAUCAUCAUGCUGUCCUACUAACACUAGAUUUAAUGCCCCCUAAGCUAAAUCGAACACAGACAAAAACUAAAUUAAACAUAAACAAUCUUGAAAAUGAUUUACGCAGCAUUGAUUUUAGUCCAAUUUAUAAUGCUGAUGACGCAAAUUCAUCUUUAUCGUACUUAAUAAAAAAUGUCCAGCAAGCUAUAUUACACAAUACGACUAUUAUGACAAACAAUAAAAAACUGCAGAAUAUCAAACCUUGGAUCACACCUGGACUCAUCCGUUGUAUUAGACACAGGGACAAACUUCAUCAAAGAACAAAGCGAUCACCUGAUAAUUUAAUACUCCAAAUAACAUAUAAGAGGUAUCGAAAUUUUUGCAACAACCUCUUAAAACGACUAAAAACUAACUACGAUAAAAAUGAAUUGCAGAAAGCAGGUAACAAUACCAAAUCAUUAUGGCAACACAUAAAAAACGUCACUUAUUUAUCAAAACAGCGUGAAUCAAUCUCAAGUUUACUGUUUCAUGAUACUUCACCGCUUUUGUCAGCUAACAAUGUAAAUAACUAUUUUGUAAACGUGGGGAAAAUCCUUGCUGAGCAGAUCCCACAUUCAACGGUCAUACAAGCAUCGCGCAUUCAACACUUAACCACGAGUGAUAAAUCUUUUGGAAUGCUUGACCCUGAUACACACGAAAUCACGCGAAUUAUUUCAGGACUGAAAGAUGAUACUGCAGUUGGCUGGGAUAAUAUAAGCAAUAAAAUAUUAAAAAGGUUCAAACAUAUUCUGGUGCCCCCCUUAACGUAUAUAUUUCGUCUAUGCCUCUCAGAUGGUGUAUUUCCUGAAUUUCUAAAAAAAGCAGUAGUAAUCCCUAUUUUCAAAUCAGGAAACAAAGAUCAAAUAAGUAAUUAUAGACCAAUAUCAAUACUUCCUUCGAUAUCCAAAGUACUAGAAAAAAUUAUUAACACUAGACUAGUCAACUACUUGGAAAAACACGGUUUACUAUCACCUAUGCAAUUCGGCUUUAGAUCUAAAUUAUCCACAGCAAAUGCGGUACAUACCCUGACCGACUACGUCACAGAAGAACUUGGCAAGGGGUACCAAAGCUUAGCAAUCUUCAUUGACCUAGCAAAAGCUUUUGAUACUGUAUCAAUUCCCCUGCUUUUAUACAAACUAGAGGCGGUAGGAAUUCGAGGCACACAGCUAAAACUAAUAGCAGAUUACUUAAAUAAUCGUUGUCAAUGCGUUCGAAUCGAUACGACCAUAAGUGAUAACCUAAAAAACCAUGCUUUCGGGGUUCCGCAAGGCAGCAUUUUGGCCCCUACCCUAUUCCUUAUUUACAUAAAUGACCUAUGUAAUCUGGAUAUAGAAAACGGAAAAAUAAUAUCUUAUGCCGACGACACAGCGCUAUUAUUUACUGCGAAAACUAC